CUUGACUGAGUGAGCACCAUGCCUAGUUCAAGAUGAGCAGACUCUGAUAGCUAGUAGAGACACAACUACAUGUACAGCACGACUAGAAAUGGCCUCUCUUCCUGCUUCUUGGCAACUUCUGCAGCUUCCGUGCGCGCCGUGUUGUGAAAAGCGCGACCAUCAACCAAGCAGCUACAAACCCACAACCACCGUAUCUCACGGCCGCUAGCCACUAUGGGCAAUAAAAUCGUCGGCAUCGUCCUCGCCGUAUGCAGUGGACUCUUUAUCGGUGUCAGCUUUGUUAUUAAAAAGAAGGGCCUGCUCAAAGCCACGGAAAAGAGUGGCAAUAUGGCAGGCGAAGGUUACGCGUAUCUCAAAUCAUGGAUCUGGUGGACGGGCAUGACACUCAUGAUUGUGGGAGAAUGCUGCAACUUCAUCGCGUAUGCUUUUACAGAAGCCAUCCUCGUUACUCCCUUGGGUGCACUUGCUGUUGUUGUCUCGGCCAUUGGCUCUUCCAUCUUCCUCAAAGAACGAUUAAGCUUUGUCGGCAAGAUUGGCUGUGCCCUGACGAUCCUCGGUGCAGUCAUCAUUGUGCUCAACUCGCCUGAACAGGUCUCUGCCACGACCAUUCAGCAGGUCAAGCAUUUCGCCAUUUCCAAAGUCUUCCUGCCCUACUGCGCCAUUGUCCUAGGUCUCAGCGCAUUCCUGAUUCUCUGGGCAGGUCCACGAUAUGGCCAAACGCACAUUAUGGUGUACAUCAGCAUCUGCUCCCUUAUCGGUGGCAUUUCCGUCGUCUGUACUCAAGGUUUCGGCGCAAGUGUCGUCUCUGCGAUUGGCGGAACACCCAAUCAAUGGAACAAUUGGUUCCUCUGGGUUCUCUUCAUCUUUGUGAUCAUCACGCUUCUCUUCGAGAUUGUCUACCUCAACAAGGCCCUUAACAUCUUCAACACCAGUGUCGUGACGCCCAUCUACUUCACCUGCUUCACAACCAUGACACUCAUCUCAUCAGCAGUCUUGUUUCAGGGGUUCAAUGGCAAGCCCGUGGAAAUUAUCACCGUUGUCCUUGGAUUUUUCUGCAUCGUCUGUGGUGUUAUCCUUCUACAAGUCUCGCUUGCUGCACAAGCCAAAUCCGACUCUGCAGUACUCAGCGCAGAACUCGAUGAUAUGCACGAUGUCCUGAGUAUGAAUAUCGAUGAUGAUGCACUCAACCCCGGUGCUGCCAGUAUUCGUGGUGCUUUAAGUAUGCGACGACUAGCAACACGUAAGACGAGUACAGCGAGUCUUGCACAGGCGUUUCAGCGUCGUCGAUCGAGAGUCGCUUCUGCUUCGUCGUCUGUUGGCUUACCGCAUCAUGGGUCGUUGUUUACGAGGGAUGUACAAGCGAAUCAACAUGUAAACUUACCACCACCCAUGCCAAGUCUUCCUUCACGCUCCAGAUCCCCAUCACCCACCAAUAUUGGGCAUGGCUCACAUAUCCGGUUUGAGAAGACAUUACCGCCUGUAUCAGCGACACAGUAUGCAUCACAGUAUGACAUACCAGAGGAAUAUGCUCUUGAAAGAGACUAUGCAACGACAAAGUCAAUGGGCAAGCGUGCAUCAGGGCGUAGCACAUCACCCAUGCAAACCAGACAUGACAAUAAGCAAAUGCCUCAAGGAUUCAAUGAAGCAGGUGGUAAGCCGGUUCUCAAGACGUUCAGUUUUGCGCGUGGUCGUCGAGGUAUUGCAGAUGAAGAGUCGGUUGGGUUAUUUGAAAGUGCUGCUGGGCAUGUUGCUGCAACUGCAUCGCCUGCGCGCUCACGAAGUCGGAGUAGUGAAAGCAGGCCGCGUGAAUCUCUGGAUUCUGGGUAUAUCUAUCAUGAGGGAUAUGGGAAUCGCUUCUAGCGUAUGACAUUGAAGCAGGUACAGUAGAUGGUCUUGUAGAAAGGACGAUGUAGAAAUGGCCCCAUCUGAA